AUGAGUGAAACUACGACAGCAAUGGAGCUGUUUCCUGGUGAAGCCAAGACAGUAAGUUCAACAUCGACGGCUCUUUACGGCCAGACUAAUGCUAUUUACGAAAUCGGAGCUUCUCCAUCACAAGGGACACUUCUGAAAGGAGCCAAAGCAGAAAUCAUUGUUGUUCUUAACGCCGAUGUUCCAGAUGUUCCAGAUGCAGUACGCCACAGCGACAAGGUAGGCGCCUGUCAAGUCCAAGAUGCACUCCCUUGA